AGGCCUGCGCGGUGAGCGAGCGGCGCGCGCAGCCGGAGCGGAGCCGCCGCGCCCGGGGCCGGAGCGAGCGGAGCGCACCCAGCGGGCCGGGCCGAGCGCACCGGGCCGAGCCGAGCCGAGCGCACCGAGCCGCGCCGCGCCGCGGGGUUAUGAGCGCGGGCGCCGCCGCCUCCCCGUGACGAGCAGCGGGCUGUGGCGGCGCGGGGAGCGCGCCAGGCGCCGAGGCCGCCCCGCGGCAGGAGGCCAUUUUGUGGGCCCCCCUUCCUCCUCCUUCGCCGCCUUCGCGGGCGGCGCGGCCGGUGCUGCCGGCCGGUGAGCGGGCGGGGCCGCGGCGGGAGCCCCCGGGCAGCCAGGGCGGCGGGGCCGGGCCGGGGCCCGCAGCGGGCGGCGGCCGCGCCUCCCCAUGGCGAAGAAAACCUACGACCUGCUGUUCAAGCUGCUGCUCAUCGGGGACUCGGGGGUCGGCAAGACCUGCGUGCUCUUCCGCUUCUCCGACGAUGCCUUCAACACCACCUUCAUCUCCACCAUCGGGAUAGACUUCAAGAUCAAAACUGUUGAGUUACAAGGAAAGAAGAUCAAACUACAGAUCUGGGACACGGCGGGGCAGGAGCGGUUCCACACCAUCACCACCUCCUACUACAGAGGUGCCAUGGGGAUCAUGCUAGUGUACGACAUCACCAACGCCAAGAGCUUCGAGAACAUCAGCAAGUGGCUCAGAAACAUAGACGAGCACGCCAACGAAGACGUGGAGAGGAUGCUGUUAGGAAACAAGUGUGACAUGGAAGAUAAGAGAGUUGUCCCUAGAGCAAAAGGCGAGCAGAUUGCUAGGGAGCAUGGUAUUAGGUUCUUCGAAACUAGUGCAAAAGCAAAUAUAAACAUUGAGAAGGCAUUCCUCACAUUAGCAGAAGACAUUCUUCGAAAGACCCCUGUAAAAGAGCCCAACAGUGAAAAUGUAGAUAUCAGCAGCGGCGGAGGGGUGACGGGCUGGAAGAGCAAGUGCUGCUGAGCGCCUCCGGGUCACCAAUCGCCAUCCACCGCCCCUUUCUUCUCGCUGCAAAACAAACCACUCUGCCCGUUUUUAACCUUAAACGAUGUUCUGUUCCUCAUCUUAACAAGCUCCUGCCUCCCUCUGUUCUUCCGUUUAGGACAGCUUGCGUACUAUAAUUUUCUCAACAACAUGUAUAGGAAAAUCAUCUCUGCGACUUCAUUUUUUAAUGUACCUGCUCAACUUACCACAACGGUUUGGUUGUAUUAUAGUCCCGUUCUCCUGACAUUAAACCAUAGCAAUCAUAUGCAACUCUAUUCUGCAAAUUGUAUAAGAAUAAAAGUUAGAAUUAACAAUUUCUUUUGUACAACAGUGGAAUUUCUGUCACGGAUCAUGUGCUUGAGUCACCGUGUUCUCUAGAUGCAUCAGCAGAAGAGCCAGGAAAACACUCAUUUCGCCUCGAGCCUGUGAAUGGGGUUUAUUUUGUCCUGUGCCUUAUGUGGAAAGGAACUUUUGGUUUCGUUUUGUUUUUCUGCUGGUGGAAGCAUGUGCAGGAGACAUAACCAUCCCCACGCGCCCGUCGGAGUGCCCGACUGUGAUCGCUUUCCGUCACCGCUGGUGUCAUGCAUCGAGGACAAAGGGUGGUGCGAAACACACGCCGUUUAAUCCGCUGUGUCUCCUCGUUGGUGAUCUUGCCAUUCAGAGCCGUUCUGCUGCCGUUUCUUUCCUCACUCGCAGCUCUUUCCUUUUGCCUGCAUGCUGCUUUUAUUUGCAUUUCUUCAUGGUGUGAUGUGUUAAUUAAAAGGAUGGCAACGCGGUAUGUUUGCCAAAAAUUUAAUACAAAGCACUGAUUUUAGCUUUCAAGGUAAAAAUGUGGAAGAUACCUACUAAUGUCCCUCUAGCAAUGUCAGUCACUAGUAUAUCUCCUCUCCUCCUGCAUAGCCAUGGGGUUUAUGAUAUGGAAGAGUUCUUUGCAUGCACUAGUUUUCUAUGGAGGGUGAUGUGGUCGUCUACUUUAUGUGUAUGAGUAUAACAUGUGGUUCCCCAACUGACAGCAGUUCACGUGGACCUUUCGGUUGUCUCCCCGUCAGCCGCUGCGGCGCGUUCGGUGGGCAGGCCCAGCUGAGCCGGAGGGCUCGAGAGCAGGGAGAGGAGGAGAAGCACGGGCAGCUGCAUUUAUCACCUCCCGGAAAGCGGCCCGACCUCCAGCGUUAGAGCCGAGGGGCUGGUACCCGGGGGUCUCGCUCCGCGUGCAGGGCCGGUCAGGGCGGCCGGGGCUCGCUGAACCCCUGAAACCUCCGCUGAGAGCGCAGGGAGCUGAACCCCUGAAACCUUCAGUAACAGCACAGGGAGCUGAACCCCUGAAACCUUCAGUAACAGCACAGGGAGUUAAACCCCCAAACCCCCUGAAACCUCUGCUGAGAGCGCAGGGAGCUGAACCCCUGAAACCUCCGCUGAGAGCGCAGGGAGCUGAACCCCCAAACCCCCUGAAACCUCCGCUGAGAGCGCAGGGAGCUGAACCCCCAAACCCCCUGAAACCUCCGCUGAGAGCGCAGGGAGCCGCUGCUCCUCCCAGGACAGAAACCCACGGAACCCGUCGCUCCUGCCCGGCCAGGCCUCGCCGUCUCCUCUAGAGCUCGGCUUUGGGACUGUCUCCGGUAAAUAAUUAAAGUAGUAAAUAACGCUGAUUUAAUUGUAAUGAAGCGGCGGUGUGUUAACACUGAAGUUGUAGUUCGGAGCAGCUCGGUGUGUCGCGGCCUGACGAGGGGUCUCCGUUGUCCCGUCUGGCGUUCCUGUCCCCGCGCGUUUCCCGCGCAGGCCAGUGGCUCCGGGGCCACCGGGCUGUUCGUCCCGUCCCGCCACGGCCGCUCAGCCCUGUGAAUACAGACCGGCUACCUUGUGGUUAAAUCUGCACUUUUAACGUGAUCAAAAAGGGAAAAAUGGAGAAACAGACAGCAAGGGGGGUUUUGUAUAAUCCUGGUUUUAAGCGUGAGCUUUUUGUUUGCCACCAGGGGCUUGGCUGCCGCUGUGGGUCCCUUGGGUCCGUGGUAGACGCUGUGUUCAUUGAAACCAACAGGUAGAGAACAGGCCGCUCGCUGGUGCCGCUCGCUCCCACCUCUGCUUCCUAUUCUCCUUAAUAAACUAUUGCUGGACAGUCUGCUUGUGUUCAUAUUAAAAACACGAACUUUAGCUGCCGGGCUCGGCCUUGUGUUGUGUUGUGGAGCGCGAGGCCCAGCCGGGGAGGAGCGAGCAACCCGAGGCGGUGCAGGUGCUGAAAGAAAAACGAUGAUAAUAGUAACGUAGGAGGAGUUUGCAGUACCGUUAUCGCUGCCGACGCCUGACCGCUGCUCGCUCAGCCCGGCUGCUCCUGCGCCUCGCGUGGGGUCGCCCGCGGCCGCGCCGGAGCCCCCGCCGGCCUGGCAGGACGCGGGGCAGCCGUCCCCGCGCGGGAGGGCUCAGCGCUGCGCCGUGGCACGGCACCAACAACGCAGCUGGGUUAGAUUGGGCACCGUAGGUAAAUGCCGAGGUGGAACGUGUCCUCCGGGGGUGCUCGGGGGGAGCGCGGCGCUUCGCGCUCUCGGACUCGGACGGUGGAAAAACAGCCUCACCUGAAGGUCUAGGAUUAAUUCCCAUGCCUACAAUUUUUUUAUUAAUCUUUUAAUAUUUUUGCUACUCCACUCUGGCUUUUUAUUUAAAACACAUUCUUUUGUACCACUUACUGUAUCAAAUUGUAUAAAAGAUCACUGUCCCAUUCUUGGUCAUACCAAGAGCAAAUAAAAGCUUUUAUAAACUUG